AACAUACAACACAGUACCUGUUGAAUGUUUGGACAUACUUUCACUUCAUUUCAUGUUUAUUCAUUAACCAUAAUGCAAUAGUGCAAGCGUGCAAAAUUGUUGGAAGAGUUCCAGUGUGGCACUAUUCUUUUUACUUUCUUUAUUUAUAUAUUUAUGUUUUAAUCACCAUUUAUGCUUCAGUAGGGAAUACUUUUUACAAAACUACAUUACAUCGCAUGGCUAACUGAUACGAAAGCCACUACUGUAUAUACUACUAUGCGUUACAAUGACUGGGCCGUGCUAGCUAGCACAUAGUGUGGCGACAAUAUAAUAGUGAACUGCCACACACAAAAUGUAUUUGUACUAUCAAGUAUUUAUUUAAAAUUGAGUGGAAACUAUAUGUUUUACAGUACAACAGCUUAUGCUUCAGGAGGGAAUAACUUUACAAAACAACAAGUGAGAAUAAAUGGAAUAUGACAGUCACCACUUUAAGGUAGUAGGAUUAGCAAUACAAUGAGUGGGCUAUGAAGUGGGCUAUGCUAAGCAGCUGGAGCAUAGUAUGGCCACAAUGUAAUAAUAAAAAUUACACAAAAUGUAUUUGUACUAUCUGGUAUUGUCUUAAACCAGACUCCAAAGUAUGUUGAUGUUUUUAGAACAUCUUAUACUUCAGUUGGGCAGAAUUUUGAUCAAAUUAAAUCAUACGUCAUAAGUAGCUUAUAUCACAGCCUCCAUUUUUGACAUCAUAUUGGAUUUUUUUACACUUUCACCAGGACAACAGUAAUUAGUUUCUUGCUUGUUAGUAUGCAGACCCCAUAUGAAACUGCUUUUGAAAGCUUGGUUUAAGCUUCUGUGAUACCGUCUUAAUCUGCAAAGAAUGUUACGUAUCUGAUCGCCUCUACAGUUUGCCACUGGGGGCAGUGUCGCAUUUAAUACCAGAAAGCAUGUAUAAUCUAUUUAAAAGAAGUCAUUAGCCUGUUAGCGUAGCAUCUUACUAUGUCCGUCCUGGGGAUAUAAAAGAUAUUAGUUUCUUGAUUUUGAUGUAAACAUCACAUUCUGAAAUAAUCAUUUCAAUAAGUAAUUUUGUCAUAUCAUAGAGAUAAUGUGCUGGAUGAUAGGUGGAUAUAGACGUCUGUGACAUAUGUCACAAAAGUCUAAAACUGGCUGUUUUAUGCCUAAUUUUUACUUAAAACAGUGGGGUUUUUCCAUAAAAAAAUUAAAGAAUAAAAAACACAUUGAACAUAUUGACCAUAAAACUCCAAGCAUAUUUAACUGUUAUAAACUUUUGACACAAUAUACCCCCUUUAAAUUGGUGACUACAUAUUACACUCAUAUAAAAACCAGUUUGUUGUCAUUUAUUACAUCACCGAGAGAAUACACUGGAUUUGUUGGAUAUAGAUGCCCGUGACAUAUGUCACAAAAGUCUAAAACAGCUGUUUUAUGUCUAAGGUUUGCUUACAACAGUGAGGUUUCUCCAUAAAAAAAAUUAAAGAAUCAAAACACUUUGAACAUGUUGACCAUAAAACUCCAAACAUAUUUAACUGUUAUAAACAUUUGACACAAUAUAACCCCUUUAAAUUAGUGACUGCAUAUUACAGUCAAAUAAAAACUAGUUUGUUGUCAUUUUAUUACAUCACCGAGAGAAUACACUGGAUUUGUUGGAUAUAGAUGCCCGUGACACAUGUCACAAAAGUCUAAAACAGCUGUUUUAUGUCUAAAUUUUGCUUAGAACAGUGGGGUUUCUCCAUAAAACAUUAAAGAACCAAUAACACUUUGAACAUAUUGACCAUAAAACUCCAAGCAUAUUUAACUGUUAUAAACAUUUUACACAAUAUAACCCCUUUAAAUUAGUGACUGCAUAUUACACUCACAAAAACUAGUUUGUUUGCUAUAUAGCAGGGAGAAGCAGAAAGAGCCAAAUAAACAAAUUUUAGUUGCAUUUGCUGCGCCUGCUCCAGAACCACAAAAAUUCAACUUUACAUGGGCACUUGAACGCAGCGUUUUACAACUUCACUGCGUGCACUUCACUGAAGAGAGAGAGCGGGUCAAAACUUCACUGCGGCACUUCUUAAGCGCCGAUCGCGCAGAUCUGCGCACUUCUGUUGUGUCAAAUCCUUUAGUGGACGAAAAGAGAAAGGCAGCACGUUAAUCGGACACGUGCGCCACAGCGCGGGCGCAAUAACUCUGCGCAAAGUUUGAAACAAAAGCCGUUUAUAUGCUGCUUGAGAGGGAGUGAAAAGUUUUCUUCACACUGAGGGAAGUUUUUUGUUCAAAAACCAAAAUCAUGUUCACAACCUACGUAAAGGGUCUGAAUGAUAUGGUAUUUCCUACGUCUGACAGCCCUGAGGAGCAGCCGAGCACCGGGGUCCUGGGCCGCAUCGGGAGCUGGUUCUCUCCGUGGAGGACAAAAGUUGCUCCCAAAACGCCUGAAAAUGCCUCCCCGAGUUGUGAUCAGUCUCUUGGGUCAGCGGGAGAAAAGCAGAGCGAGGAGUCUGUGAGAGCACAAGCAAGGGAGGAGGCGCAAAGCUCUGGGUCGGACCAACUUGGUCUCUCCAGAGACAUUUGUGAAGAGGGGGACGCCACGCAGUCUGCCCACAGAGGCGGCCUUACAGUAGGCAGCAGUGAGCCAGGGUGCGGAGGUCCAAAAGAGGAGGAGUUUGCGAAGAACAAGAGGAAGAGAACAGGGCAGGACGAGGAGAAGGAGGAGGGCAGCAACGGUACUCCGGGAAGCAGGAAUUCUGCCCUCAUUGAGACUGCCAGCUGUCUGACGCAUCUCACUUCCUCCUCCGUGCAGGGAGUGGCGCUGCACUCAGACCAGGCCCUGGCAGGCAGGAGGCUCCACGUGUACCUGGAGGAGACCAGCGUGAUCCACAGCAAUCAAGACGCUGGCGCCCAACAGCAGGUGGUCCGGACCGAAGUCAAGAAAGAGCUGCAGGUCCGCUCCAAGUCGAAGAGCUCAAUAGGUUCAGAAGAUGACAACACAAAUGCAGAGCCUGCUGUAGACACAGAGAGCUCACCGACAACACCGAAAGACUUGUUAGAACCUGAGGCGGAUGACAUGGGGCGCAAAAACCCAACUAGAAGGAGACCCAGGAAGAACAGUCAGGGUGAUGGAGAGAGCAGCUCCCAGGAUAGCACGCUUUCAAAAGCCCCACCUGAGGGCUUACCUGCAUCAGAUAAGUCAAGAACUGCUCAUCAGGGAGAGUGCUCAGGAGAAUCAUCCAUAAGCUCCGCCUCCACUAACAAUCCCGCCUCUGAGGCCUCGCCUGAAGGAGGGCAGGAUAGCUCUACCUCACCUGAUGGGGUUAAAGAUUUGGACAAUAUUACCGCCAGUCUUACGCACGCGGUUGAUGGAGGUGAAAGUAUGGAUGACAACGACAGCCUUUAUAGGGUGGAGAGGAAGACGGAGACUCCGGAAUCCAAACGCAGGAGUAUUAAGGUUUCUCGGAGCGAGGUGAAGCUUUUUACAAAGAAUGUGCCCCUACGUGCAGAUCAUAAUCUGGCAGGAGAUAAGAAGGGUUUCGGGUCGGUGUUAAAGAACACAAAAGAUGAAGUGGAAGGUAAACCUAAACCGGACUCUGACACAAGGUUACUAGGUUUGAAGAAAAUCGCUGAGGAGCCUAAGUCAAUCAUUGGCCGGAUUGCGGAUAGAAUCCACUUCUUUGAGCCUCAGACCGCGGCGGGAGGAAAGCAGACCUUGCAAACCCCAAGGAGUGCCGAUGUCUCUCCAGUCAGGAAAGAUACAGAGAAGCUGAAAUCAGACGUUGCGUCCUCAUAUCAAAAGUCAAAAUCAGCCGAAUGUCACGACCAUGACAGGUCCACUUCUGCGUCACCUGCUAGGGAGAAAAUGCCGACGGUUAUGGAGUGUGCAAGGAAUUUUACAGAAGCUUCUGGAACCGUGGUGAGAAAAGCACCGCCUCAGAAGCCAGCCAUGACAGGAAUGUCUAAAAAAAACACCCGCUCUGCGCUAGGGACAACAUCAGUGUCAACCAAACUGGACAUUCAGGAUGAACUGGAUAGCAAAGCCCGUAUACAGGUGCCGACAUUAUCAGAGACCAGAGUCAAACCAGAUGAUCGAGAUACCACUGCUGUUGGGGUAAAGCCACAUUUCCCUAAAGAAGAGUCAACUAAACCCAAAACAAACCAUGGCUUGGAGGUGGUAAAAACAAUAGAGCAAGAAAUUAAUAGUGUUAAGUUGGGUAUUUCUGCAGAACUGACCAGUAACAUUAAUCAGCAGCCCAAAGGCCCUGGGAGACCAGGCACUCGUUCUAAGAGGAGGAAAAGUAAAGAGCCAGCAAGUCCAAUCAGCCCAAGCAGUGAAAGCAAACUAGAACAAAUUACAAAUCAGCAGGAGGUUAUUCUCGGUCAACAGGAAGUGGUAGAUAAUAGAAGAGAGGGCGCAUCUGCCGCCAAACAACCUGCUGAGACUGUCUCCUUACAAUCUCAUAAACCCAGAGGAAGUGCCUCGGAUAAAGACUCGCUAACUGAUAGAAACCAGCGGGCACUUAAAAAAACAUCACAGAGUCAGAACACGCCGGUAGAUUUGAUUUUGCAAAGGGACAGUACUGAAAAACCGGGACAUGUGGGAAUGCCUGAGCUGUCAGUCAGUAAAAAUGAAUCUGACACCACUGUUUGUAGCAGCAGAACAACAAAGCCUCUUGACAAAGAUCCUAUUAUUUUAGUCCAAAAGGAUGAAGGAGCAGGGGGGGUGAUGGAAAAGUUCCCAGAGGACCAAUUACCUCAACAAAUUAUUGAGAAGACCCUUUCAUUGGUGCGAGAAAAGCAGGUUGGACAUCCUGAAUCCCAGUUACCAGUACAGUCUGAGUCACAGCCUAAAGGAGAAGCAAAACAGCCCCAAAAUAUAGACCUGAACUUAAAUCACCCGGAGAUUAAAGAUUUGACAAAAGCACAAAAGCUACAAAGUGAACCACAAGACUUGUUAGUUUCCAGUCAAAAUAAUGCCAAAGACACUGCUUUAGAGAGCGGGCAGAGGGUCUCAAUGACAAAUGGUAGUGUUGCUACGAAAUAUGAGAAAAAGCACACUGAGGGAAAAGUGGAAACUAAGCCAGUUGAAGUCUCAGCAAAGCAAGAGUUGGAAUCCGGUGCAUUUGGGCCAUCCGACUUGAUAGUUCAUAUAGAACCUCUAAAUCAGACGGCGAUCACUCAUCCAGAAAUGGGUGCCAUCACGAAGUCUAAUAAGGCUCUUAGGGGGACCAUCAAUGAUGAAAGUGGUAGGGAACCUUUUGCUGGAGUGGUAUUUACAGAUGUGCCCAAAUUGUCAGCACAGCCUAGAAGUGAAACACAGCCAGCAAGGACUGGAGAUGAGCCAGGAGCUAAUUCUGUAUCUGUGGAAAAAACAGAGAAAUUUGCUGGUGACUCACACACACAUGGAGCUAAUGAUGCAGAGUUUCCCAGCUCCAAACCUAUUACCAAAACAACGAAAGCAGCCGAGAAAGUUAAUGUAAAAGGUGGCAAUGACACUCCACUGCAGAUAAUGGCACAAGUGGCAAAAGAAUCAUCUAUUGUGUCCGACGAAAAGCCUUUUCCUACUUUGAUGUCCAAAUCAGUGAGCCAUGAAGGAGCAAAGCAGGAUGCAAGGAGUACAAGUUCAGUUGUUGAAUCGGUGGCUUUAGGAGACAAAGGGUUAGGAGAUAUAAAGAAAUGGGCUGAGAACCACCCACAGUGUGAGAUAUCAAGAAAUGCAGGGGAUAUAAAUAUCCCUUCGGAAAACUUUACAGAGAAAAUCAACUCUGCUGGCAGAAAUAGCUGUGCGAUAGAGACGUCUGACAAAAUCAUAAAUACACAGGUGAAUGAACUCCCGUUGGUUGCCGCUACCUCCGAGCUCCCGAAACUUUUUACAACGUCCAUUGUAAAUAGUGAGCCAACUGAAACUCUGAAAGCUCCCAGUCAUGACAGUAACACGAUCCAACACUCCAACGAAAGGUCACCGAUGGCCUUUGAAAAAGGUCACCGAUGGCCUUUGAUCUCACCCGAAGCAACGGAAAAAACAAGGCAGAUCCCUUCUACGAGCACCCGGAGCUAUAGGAAAGAGGAGAUAUCUAACAAAACAUUAGGUACAGAGGUGACUCAAAAGUCAUGUAUUGCUGUUGGCGAUGUGGACAAGGUUCCACAGGUACACACAGUCGGUACGGAACUGCUCAAUAGCAACUUAAGCCAAGCUCUAAAAACACCUGCUUCCACUGAGAUAAGUAACGAGAGCCUUGACUCCAACCAAAAGUCAUUCAUAAAAAAGCGCCGUUUACCAUGGGGACGAAACAGAGAUUCAGUGACUCAGGAUGCCCCCUCUAGUUGGCUCGAUGUGGAUAUUCCAAAACAAAAACUAAAAGUAUCAGAGCCUAGACUCAGUUCUUCUGGCAGUGAGAGCAAUCUUCUGGAUGCAUCUAGUGAGCUAGAUGAUGAGGACUUCAUUGAGAGAAUAAAGAAUCUUUGCGCCCCUUUUUCUCUCCCACCUCGCAAACACAACCCCCUGCGGCAACCCCAGCCACCUUUUGCCAUGCCUGCCAUCAAGGAGGACCACUAUGAGAAGACUUUUGACCCUGAAGAGUUUACAUUUGGCUUGAGGCAAAUUAAGUUCUCCUUUGAAACAACAACGGGACUAUUAGCAAAACUCCAAAGCAAAGAGAAUAAACCUGCAAUAAAGCCUGCCCGGGCUAGCUUGGCAGACAGGUCUAUGUUACUCAACAGUCUGGACUCCUGCUCUCAUCUCAGAGACAAGAGUCCUGUGAAGGGUGUAGAGCCUGAAGAGAAAGAUGACCAGCCUAAACUGAAGUCUCGCUUAGAAAGGAGCAGGGUCCUCAGCAGUCUCUAUUCCUCAAGCAUAAGAGACAAGAGAAAUGGAUUCCAAGAAGAGACUGAAAGCUCAAGCGCCGAUGAUAUGUCACCUAGAGAACCCCCAAAAUCUGGCCCUCUACCACUGACCCAGCCGAGCUCUCAGUCAUUAAUGGAACCUAGCCUUUCACUAUCACCCCAAACUAUCCCCCCAUCGUCUGGUCCCACAUCAGUGCCCAAACUUAUCCCACCAUCAUUAACCCAACCUAGCUCCCCUUCAUUGCCAGAAACUAGCUCCCCAUCUCUAACUCAGUCUAUUCCUACAUCAGCGCCCAAACCUAUCUCACCAUUAGCAACCCAACCUAGCCCCCCUUCAUUGCCAGAAACUAGACCCCCAUCUCUAACUCAGGCUAUUCCCACAUCAGCGCCCAAACCUAUCUCACCAUCAGUAACCCAACCUAAUCCCCCUUCAUUGCCAGAAACUAGCCCCCCAUCUCUAACUCAGUCUCUUCCCAGAUCAAUGCCCAAACCUAUCCCACCAUCAAUAACCAAACCUAGCCCCCCAUCAUUGCCAGAAACUAGCUCCCCAACUUUAAAUCAUUCUAUUCCCACAUCAAUGCCCAAACUUAUGCCAUCAGUAACCCAACCUAGCCCCCCAUCACUGCCAGAGACUGGCCCCCCAUCUUUAACCCAGUUUAGACCCACAUCAUUAUCCCAACCUAUCCCGCCAUCAGCAACCCAACCUAGUCCCUCACCAUUGCCAGAAACUAGCCCCUCAUCGUUACCCCAAUUUAGCCCUUCAUCAGUACCUCAACCUCUCAUGUCAAAUCCAGCAGCCACAGCUCCCCUGAAAGAUAAACGUGGUCAGCAAAGCCUUGUCUCAAGUGGCACAGCUGAUGGCCAGUCUACAGAGGCUGUGGUCAGUGACUCAUGUCCUUCACUUCCCUCCUUUAACGACAUCAAGCUUCCAGAAUAUUUAGAGAAGUACCUCCAUCAAGAUGGAGCAAAGCCAGAACAGAGUGAAAAAGGACAAGAGGAAGCCAAAAUGGAGGAUACUGGAAGCAUGACAUCACCGGUCCCUGGAAGUGAACUGGACCUGAAGGGAAAACCAAGUCUUGUGCUUCCUGAUACUUUGAGUUUUCCCAGGAUUCCUCAAACCACACACUCAGCAGUCUCUGAGCUUAAACAGCAACAGGGACUAGUUAGUCAGAAUGUAAGAAUCACCAAAGGAUUUCACCGGCGGCCUGGAAAGAUGGUGUUGUUUGAGAAAGCGCAGUUCAGUGGACAAGAAUAUGAGAUUUACAGGGAUGUAGCAGAUGCUACCUCUUUGCAGCUCUCAACACUCAUAUCUGUGAAGAUCGUUAGAGGAUGCUGGGUGCUUUAUGAGAAACCUGACUUCCAAGGACGUUCCAUUCCCUUGGAGGAGGGGUGCACGGAAUUGACAAAUGUGUGGGCAGAGUCUGACCUGGAGACACAACCAGAAAUCAACCCGCCAGUGCUGAUUGGCUCCAUUCGGCUGGUUGUCUGGGACUACAGCAUUCCCCAUAUCGAUCUAUUUGCGGAACCAGAGGGCCGCGGCAGGAUAACGGCGUACAAUGACGAUGUCGUAGAGACCGGAACAUUUGGUAUCCCACUGACCACUGCUUCCAUCCAAGUGCAUUCUGGGGUGUGGUUGGUGUUCAGUGACCCGGGGUACCAGGGGGUGCUAGGUGUACUGGAGGCGGGGGUCUACCCUUUUCCUGAGACCUGGGGCUUCCCAGCACCCUUUGUCGGGUCUCUCAGGCCACUUAAAAUGGGUGGAUUUAAAGUCGAGAAUCCAAAUGAAGUCAAGGCUGUGGUGUAUGAGGAGCCCGGCUUCAGGGGCCCGUGUUUGGAAAUAGAAAGCGACGUUUUCAGCUUCAGCGAGGGCGAAGAAGAUGACGCUCCAGACCAAACAAACCUUGACGCAACCAAACCGAAAUGUGUGGGUUCUCUGAAGAUCACCGGAGGCCUCUGGGUCGGCUACAGCCUGCCUGGGUUUGAGGGCCAGCAGCACAUCCUGGAGGAAGGGGAGUACGUAGACUGCAGUGACUGGGGGGGAGGCCCAGAGUGCCUUCUGUCACUGAGGCCCAUAGUGGCUGAUUUCAUGUCUCCGCACCUCAAAAUGUUCAGCGACAGAGAUUUUGGGGAACGAGGAAUCAACAUCGACCUGACGGUUCCCAUAAUUAACAUGGAGCACACCGGCUACGGCCUGAGGACGCAAUCCAUCGAGGUCAUCAACGGCGUAUGGGUUGUGUUUGAGGAGCCGGGCUUUUGUGGCGACUCCUACAUAUUGGAAAAAGGCCUAUAUGGAAGCCCAGAGGACUGGGGGGCGUUGGAGCCUAGAAUUGCAGCGGCGAUGCCAGUCAUGCUGGGUGACUGGGAGAACACGUCGAAAUUUAAGGUGCAGCUUUUCUCUGAACCAGAUUUUCAAGGUCGCAUCCUCACUGUGGAGGACAGCGUUGGCUCUCUGCAGGAAGGCUUCUCUGUGGCCUCCUGCAAGGUUCUGGCUGGCAACUGGCUGGCAUUCGAAGGUCAAGACUUCACUGGGAAGAUGUACGUGUUAGAAGAAGGGAGGUACGCGGAUGUGAGAGCAAUGGGCUGCACGAGCGCUCGUGCCUCCAUCCAGUCUCUGCAGACUGCUGGCUUUGAGUUCUCGCUGCCAUCCAUCACUCUUUUCGAGCGGGGCGCUCUGCGGGGAAAGCGGGUGGUUCUGACAGACGCCGCAGUCAACCUUCAGCUGGCUGCAGGCUGCAGCCGCGUGCAGUCGGUGCUGGUGGAAGGAGGCAUGUGGGUUUUAUACGAGGGACUAAACUAUCGGGGCGCUCAGAUUUUGCUGAAACCUGGUGACGUGCCCAACUGGAGAGAUUUCAGCGGCUGGCAGAAAAUUGGAUCUUUGCGGCCUCUCGCACAGAAGCAGGUGCAUUUCCAUCUAAAAAACAGGCAAACGGGUUGGCUGAUGUCCAUUACCGGCGAACUGGAUGAUAUCAAACUGAUACGGAUCCAAGAAACAGAGGAGACAAACGGACCGGAGCAGAUCUGGGCCUACCGGAAUGGAUUUUUGCACUGCAGGCUGCUGGAGGAGUGCUGCCUGAGUCCCAGUGGGACUGUGACCAUGGCAGGAAGCCGUGUGGGAGUCACCCCAGAGCUGGAAGCCCAAAUCCACCUGUGGAACAUCACCCCGGAAGGAUUUAUCCAGUACACCGCCUCUGGUUUGGUCCUGGAGGUCAAAGGGGGCCACAACUACGACAAAAACCAAGUGAUUCUCAACAUGCUGGAGCCACACAAACUCAAUCAAAGGUGGGACGUGGAAAUUAUUUGAAAAUGACUGCGGAUCAAGAAAAUUACAGAAGCACAGCUCUACCUGAGGCUUCGUUACGCAACUGAAGGGCGAGUGUUCGAGGACGAGGUACGACGUUGAAGUCUUCAGCCGGUCUACAAACCAUCUAAUGCUGUCUGCGACGUGGAGAUCUAUGCAGUAAUUCGUAAGAAUGUAUCACUCUUAACGCAAGAAAUACUGCACUCUGAACGUGAAAUGUUUGAAACGUCCAGACACGUUAACGAUUAUAGUUUGUCUUUUUCAACCCAAUAAACACAUUUGCCUGUUUGUAAUUAAGUUAAACAGUGUUAACAUUU